AUGCCAGAAGCGAAGGAAUCCCCCGAUGCGAAAAGUCCUUCGUUGUCAGGACGGGUACACGUUCUAGGACUAGGAAACAUAGGAAGCUUUGUUGCACAUGCUCUCGCCUCCAGAAGUUCCCCGCCGCCCAUCACGCUACUCAUGCACCACGGUGGGAUGUAUCGGUCUUUUUGCCGUAAGAAAAAGAGCAUUGCCAUCAAUCAUAAGGGACUGGACGACUCCAGGUCUGGAUUCGACGUCCAGGUCUUUUCCAAUGAUGUUUGGCGAUCUGAGCCCUUCGAGGAGAUUAACAACGACACCGACACCGACACCAUGGCCACAUAUACAUCCAGUGAGACUGAAGAGCUUGGUGCACAAAGCAAUGCAAACGACGAGCAUAUCGAAUGUUUGAUCAUCGCCUGUAAGACGGGUAUGACUCAGAGAGCCAUAUCGAAAGUUCGCCAUCGCUUAACUGCAGACUCGACUAUUGUUCUGUUGCAAAAUGGCAUGGGGGUCGUUGACAGACUUAAUGAGACCGUAUUUUCGGACCCAAAGCAUCGCCCCAAUUAUGUACAGGGCGUGAUCAGUCAUGGCCUUUCCAUGCUAGACAAAUUUCAAGUUGCCCAUCGGGGGGUUGGAAGCAUAAUACUUGCUCCAGUAGUCACGAACCAGACCCCAACUAUUGCGGCCAAUGAGGAUACCCAUUGGGCCCCAACCACAAAGUAUAUCCUGCGCCUCUUGACUCUCACUCCAUCUUUGAUUGCUACCACAGACACGCCCGCUGGUUUGCUGCAAUAUCAGCUUGAGAAGCUUGCGGUGAACUGCCUUAUAAACCCGCUAACUGCACUUUACGACUGUACAAAUGGCGAGUUACUCUAUAUUUUCAAAGUUACACGUACCAUGCGAUUGCUUCUUUUUGAGAUCUCCAGUGUGAUCUAUGCUCUCCCUGAGCUUCAAGGCGUCCCGGGAAUUGAGGAUCGAUUUGCACCGGAACGUCUGCUCCGAUUGACCAUGAAUGUUGCCAAGAAUACCUCGGAGAACACUAGCUCAAUGCUUCAUGAUGUGAAAAGCGGCGGUGUUACCGAAAUUGAUCAUAUGAAUGGCUGGGUCGUGCGCCGGGGUGAAGGGCUGGGGAUUAAGUGCACACUGAACUACAUGAUCUGCCAAAUGGUACUCAGCAAGACGAAAAUAAGACACCGAAGAGAUAAUAGUUCCAUCCCGUUUGACCAGGACGACAUUCACCUGGCUGAAGAUUUCGCCGAUCAAAUUACAGCCAAGAAAGAAUCAUGA